AUGGUCGGAUUCUCGAACGGUCUCGGAAACCCCGGCCUCGGCGGCGGUCAGGGUGCCCUUGGGGGCCAGCAGACGCCGUCGAACGGCAACCAGCAGAUCAAGGUGCAGCCCCUGCUCUGUGCCGGCCACACCCGGCCCGUGGUCCACCUCCAGUUCUCCAACAUUCUGCCCGAUGGAACCUACCUGAUGAUCUCCGCGUGCAAGGACGGAAACCCGAUGCUCCGCAGCUGGCUUGGUGACUGGAUCGGCACCUUCCUCGGCCACAAGGGUGCCGUGUGGUCGUCCAAGAUCUCGCUCGACACUUCUCGCGCCGUCACGGGCUCGGCAGACUUCUCGGCCAAGAUUUGGGACACGAACACUGGCGAGGCCCUCCACAGCUUCUCGCACAACCACAUUGUCCGCUCGGUCGCCCUCAACCCCCAGGCGCAGCCGCAAUAUCUCCUCACUGGCGGUAACGAGAAGAAGAUCCGCCUGUUCGACCUGAACCGCACCGACGCUCAGCCGUUGGUUCUGGGUAGCAACCCCGACGGCCUGUCGUGCGAGGGUGUCAUCCGCAGCAUCGUGUGGGACGAGGGCCAGGGCGGUGCCGUCGGCGUCAGUGCUGCCGAGGACGGCAAGGUCCGUUGGUGGGACCUCCGCACUCUCGGUCAGGUCGGUGAGGUCGACCUCGGAGAGCCCGUGAGCUCGAUGGAGCUCGCCCACGGCGGCGGUACCCUCUCGGUCGCGGCCGGCAAGAACGUCCACUUCCUUGACGUCAUGCGCCAGCACCCCCCGGUCUCGAUCAAGCUUCCCCACGAGGUCACGUCGGCGUCUCUGCACCCCUUCCUGCGCGACCGCUUCGUCGCCGGUUCCGCCGAGGACCCCUGGGUGCGCGUCUACGAUCUGGACUCGGGCAAGGAGCGUGAGGUGUACAAGGGCCACCACGGUCCCGUGCUCUGCGCAUCCUACUCUCCCGACGGCGAGGUCUACGCCUCUGGAAGCGAGGACGGCACGAUCAGGCUGUGGCAGACGCAGCCUGGCAAGUCUUACGGACUCUGGCAGACUCAGGACUAG